CACAUUCCCAUCCCUGACCCCCUUCCCAGCCCCCUGCACAUUCCGGUUCCUCUUCCUCUCCCACAUACACACUUUACCAUUUGAGCCUCUGGAAUGCAGAUACCCCCAAACUUUCCUGUCCCUGUCUUGUCUCCCCUAGACCUUUCCCAAAUUUAUACAGCACAUGCUGAUGUUCCUAUCCCCACCUGUUCCCUUUCUCUCUGGAAAGCACUUUCCAGCCCCAAGCAUGCAGCUAGCUACCCCAUCCCAGACCCCCCAUAGGCGUACUACAGCCCCCCAAAGCUCUCCACCUCAGUCCCUCCCCAGAAACUGCUGCCCCCGGGUGUAUUGACAUCCUGCAUCCAUCCUAAGCUCUCUUUACUCCCACUUUCAUUUUACAGUUCUAGCCCCAUGUACUCCCCUUUGCCCAUGACUCCUAUUCCCAAAAAAUACCUGGAGAUUUACAUUUGGAGGGGCUGCCCCAAGCCACUACCCCACAGAUGCCCCGCCUGUCCCUAUUCACACACACAGCCUGGCAUUACCUACCCUUUGGUGGCUACUUACACCCUUGGGAGGGUUAGCCCAUCAGCCCCAAGCACAGCCAACAUUCCUUAUCCUCCACCAUUCCCAAGACUCAUACACUGUUAUAUCCAUUUAUAUCUCUUGGACAAACCAUCUCCCUGGACUACCAGAUCCCUUGACCCCUCUGGUACCACCCUUCCUGAUCCCUGAAACCCUUCUGUAUGUCAGCUAAUGUGCACACCUCCAAUAGUUCCCUUCCUCUCCAGCACCCCAAAUCCCUCCCUGUGCUCCGCUGGUCCCAACCAGGCUAGCUCAGGUCUUUUUGUUUUUUGUCUGUGUCCCACAGGCCAUCUGUGACAGUCCCUUCCCCCAAGUCUCUCUUUUCCUAGGGUCUUGGUAGCCAGUGUAGAGGGAGGAUCCUGAAUGAUGCCCAGGGGCCGGGCCUGGACCCAGCAGGAGAUCAGCUGCCUCCUGACCCUGAUCCAGGACUCUGGGGAGGUCACAUUGCUCAUGGCCUCCACUUCAAGGCCUAAUGAGGCCUUGUGGCAGUCCAUCUCCCAAGGGUUGGGGGCAUCAGGCUAUGGUCGAAGUGUGGCUCAGUGUCGAUCUAAGUGGAAGGCAUUGAAGCAGGCCUUCUACUCAGAGUGGGAAACAAGUCGCCAGGCAGGAGGUCCCUCCUCUCAGCCCCCACCCCACUACCGCACCAUGAAGAGGCUGUGGAAGGCUGCCGGGAGGCCUGUUUUUGGAGAACGUCGCCUGCCAGGCUCUGAAACAAACCUUGAAGCAGGUCCGCCAUCUUGUGCCAAGAAAGAAACUAAUACUCCUGAGGAGAAGCAGGACAGCCCUCCCCCCUCCCAGCUUCCAGAAGAGCCUCCAGCCUUGGUGCCAGAGAUCCCAGUGAGGCCAGAUCUGGUGCCUGAAGUGGCCAGAGAAGAGCCAGCCCAUGUUUCAGUGCUCCAAGGCCCUGGGGUGGUGAGCCUUCUCCAGAACAUGCAGGAGCUUCUGGUGCAGAUCUUGCAAACAUCAAGACAGCAGCAGGCACUGCUCGAGAGCUUGGCCCAGGACACCGUCUCCCACCUGCACCUGCUGUCCGAUGGCCUGGGCCAGAUGGGCCAGACCUUGCAGGCCCUGUUGAUGCACAGCCCCAGCUGGCAGAGCCCCCGCUCCCUGCUCACGCCCGCACAUACUGGCACUCGUUCUCACCCCUCCGUCCUGGGCCUGCACUCUCCCCAUUCUCCCUCCAUUCCUGCUGCCCCCGUUGGCCCCUGCCUGAAGGAGGAGACCAUCUUGCCCCCUCCCAGGUUUGCUCCAUUAUGAAUGUGAACCCUCUCCCCAAUGCUGUGGCGAGAGCCAGUAAGACCACUCUGUCUCUGAUUUCCUUUUUUCCUGCCAGUGACUACAGAGCCCUUGCUUCCCUACCCCUGGUAGUCUGUACCCAAGACUGGAGACUUUUAUGUAAAUGUCCUCAUAUUUUAGAAAAUAUUUAAUUUAAAAGAAACACGCAUCCUUUUUUUACAGUGAGAGAUUA